AUGUCUAUAAUAUCGACAGUGGUAGGAGAUGAAGAUGUAGACACUAAAUUAGAUUCUGUGUGCAGAGAGACCCAGAGUAUGAUUGACAUCGCAGCCAAACAACUUUUUGGAUUGAGGCAGUGCGCUGCUACAGACGAACUCAUUCAGAAGGAGAUAUGGGAAAGUGAAACAAAACUUGUCUGCUUGUUCAGUAAGAUGUUGACAACAAAAGCCAAGUUGAAAAGCAGUGUCCUUCUCCAUGACUACCCUAGCACACAGCAGUGGCUGGAGAUUGUGGGCAUUAAAAAAUCAAGAAUUGAAAUGUUGAAUAAGAAGCUGACACUGAAGAAGAUGUUGGAAUGUAGUGAAACAGAAUUAGAAGCUGAAUUGAUGAGGGUAAAGGCCACAGAGGAUGAAAUUCGUAUGCUAAUUACUGCCGUUGGGAACCUUAACAAGUGCAAAAACAGCUCUGGCAACAUGAAUGGGGGCUGGAUGUCACUCGGCUACCAUUGGUCAACAUUCAAACAGACAACAUCCUCAUUAUCAUCAUCAUCAUCUACCUCAACAUCCAUUUCAAAUGCCAACACUACCAACAACAACAUCAACAAUCCCAACAGCAGCAGCAGCAAUUUCAAUGCAGCACCCAACAACAACUCCUCAUACAGUCCCCACCUCAAUAAUUCUCCAAAAUUUCACCACCGCCAUCACAAUCAACAGCGACCAUCUACCUCGUCUCUACCCAAUGAAACAGCUCAAAUAACACCAAAGUUUUCGAACAGCGCUCAGUUACUUAACAACGUUGACACUUCACAACAAGCCCUCACCUCCGAGAACCACAUCGGGCAGAUCGGUAGCAGCCACUACGUCCCGGCAUCACCACAUCUCAAUCUCCUUCGACACACACCGUCGCCUACAGCCCAAAUGCGGUCGCAGAAUUGUAACAAGUACCCUACAACCCCCCCUCCGAAUAGGAAGAUCAAGUUGACAUUUGAACCGAUCACGAAGAGUAAAUCACACGAGUCGCAGUUAUCUUUGAAGAUUAAUUUAGACAAUAAUGAAAAUAAAAAAAUGCCCAAACGCAAGCCAGGCAACAUCCACCUGAUCGGUAGUUCAGAGGCAAUACCGCCGUCUUCCAUAUUUAGAAAGCAUUCAUCUGGAAAUUCUGAGGACACCAUUGGUCGAAUAUCUGGCCAAUCAUCUCCUUUGUUUUCGUCGCCAUUUAAAUCUCCACAAAUUAGUAAAUACGAUGAAAUUGUUGGAGGCGGUGGGGAAGGCAGUCCUUACAGGAACAAUCAGCUGGGCGUGCCUUCAUCUUCACCUGGUGGCUCACAGCACAAGUUCAAAAGCAAGAUGGUCUGGGGGGGUAAUUGUGAUUUCUGCAAGAAACAAUUACUAAGAGGUCGAGUGUGCAAGCAUUGCAAGUGUAAAUACCACAAUUCGUGUGUCUCAAAGGCCUCGUCGUUAUGUAAAUUCACGUCAGAUGAUGACACAAGUAGGCUAGCCUCAAAUGAGAGCAGCUCAAUUGUAACGCCUAUUGUUGCCGUUUCAAAUGCGUUAGUGUUCCAAUCAACGGGUAGCGGUAGUUCAGGUGACCCGAACACGCAGCUAGAUCAUUGCGACUCCAUUGACAGCAAUGAUGAUAAUGCUCUCCACAGAGAUAAUAGUAUUUCCAUUGGCCUGAAGGAAUGGAACAUACCUUACAACGAAUUGAAAUUCAACGAGUUCGUCGGUGCUGGCAGAUUCGGAACUGUUCAUAAGGGAUACUGGCACGGCGAAGUAGCCAUUAAAGAACUAAAUUGGUGUACCAACACAGAUGAUCAAAUUCAACUACAGGCAUUCAAGUUGGAAGUCACAAAUUUGAGAAAAACUCGACACGAAAAUUUGGUCUUGUUCAUUGGAGCCUGCAUGGAACCACCCAAACUUGCUAUCAUAACUAGCUUUGUGAAUGGGAUGACUCUUUACGAGCGGAUUAGAAUUAGGAAAGAAAAAAUGGCGCUCAAUCACGUCGUUAUCAUCGCAUCUCAGAUUGCUGUGGGUUUAGGCUACCUUCACAGCAAAGGCAUCAUACACAAAGACCUCAAAACUAAAAACAUUUUUGUUGAAAGUUUGAAAAACUCGUCUGCUGUUUCAAAAGUUGUCAUCAGUGAUUACGGACUUUUCUGCGUCACUAAACUAUGCUCUGGGGCCAGGAAAGGAGGAUGGCUUGAAAUUCCGAAUGGUUGGCUGAGUUACAUCUCUCCAGAGAUUGCCAGAAAAUUAAAAGCAGGAAACCAAAAUGAAGUCGACCUUCCAUUCUCUAAAGAAUCUGACAUCUAUGCAUUUGGGACAAUAUGGUAUGAACUACUGACCGGUGACUUACCACACGACAAACAGCCCCCAGAAUGCGUUAUCUGGAGGGUUGGGAAGGGUGAAUAUCACCCUACUGUCAACCUUCAAACAGAGUUCAAGGAAAUUUUGAUGAAGUGCUGGUCUCUGGAGCCAGCAGAUCGCCCGACGUGUCAACAGAUCUGUAAAAGUUUGGAAACCUUGCCUAGGAAGCGUUUAGCAAGAAGUCCCUCACAUCCGGUUCAGUUAUCUAGGAGUGCGGAAAGUCUGUUUUGAGGCCCGCCUAUGGCAGACGACACACAAUCACGGAGAUGUGUGUGUGUGCGUGUGUAUGUGUGUGCGCUUGUGUGUGGUGUGUGUGUGUGUAUGUUAAGUCUGUAAGCUAUUUCCAGCUAAGAUUUUAUUCAUGUUCUCUGUUGUUGUUUAUCAUACCAUUAUUUUUUCCAUUUCAGGUUUUCCUAGCCUAAUUUUUUUUGUUAUCGUUGUUUCGUCGUCGUUGUUCACUUUCUUUAAGAAAUUGUUUUAAAUAUUCAAUUUUUUAAAAGUUAAUAAUCAAAUGAUACAUUCUGGUAUUAUUUUUGGUGUUGUUAUUGUUAAUAAUAAUAUUAUUAUUAUUAUAUAGAAUUCAUUCUGUGAACAGUUUUAGAUGCUAAACCUUAAAAUCUACAUUUCUCUCUAUUUUUAUUCUGCAUUUUUGUUAUCUCAAAUGUGAAAGUACAAAAAUGUCUUAAUGGUAAAAUUUGAUUUUAUCGUGUCUCUCUGUUGUUAUUUUACUCUUGUUUUACGUCCGAACUUAACUUGCUUUUUAAUUUUAAUUAAUUACUAAUUUUCAAUUUUCAUUACAAACUUGACGUGGGAUAUCUUUUUAAUCUGCAUUAUUUAACAUCAUUUUGUUUUUUACUUCUUAUAAAUGUAUUUUUUGUAUUAUAAUCAAAAAUUAUGAUUGGUAUUAUUAACUUUCAAGUGAGUUCACACUAGCUCUUCCUAAUUUUCGUGAAUACUUCCUCAAAUUAGGAAAGUUCUUAAUGCAGUCACUAUCGUUGACAAUUUUAAUACUAUGAAGUUUAACAUUUUUGUCUCUUGCUUGUGAUUGUACAUUCGACAUACCGACAUUCUUUGUGCGUAUUUGGCGAUAUUUCAUAACUUUAAACAAAUUUUAAUAAUCAAAGUUUUAAUUAUGUCUUUGAAAACGUAUUGUACGCGUCAGUCUUUGAUUAAUAUCAUCUUGUUAAUUUGUACAAAUUUUUGAUAUUUUGUUUAAAUUUUCAACCAGCUAAUUCUUAAACUUAUUCUUCAAUUUUUGUCAUUAACUCAACUAAAUGCUUUGAUUUCUUAACGCUUACGUGACGUAAUGCGAAAAAAUAUAAAUCAAUUUUAAAAGAAUUCCGUUAUGAGAAGUUUGUAAACAAAGUUUUAAAAUAAUUCUACCUCCAAGCAA